ACUUCGGCUUCAAAGGGAGCGACCCACUGUUGAGUGUUGAGUAAAUUCUGUAACUCACUCCUUUAGCCAUUAAAGCAAACCCUCUUCUUAAAUUUGCCCUAUUUUUGAGUUACUUUUUUCCCUUUUUGUUUGUUUCUUUUUUCCCUUUCAUUUUCUCCCCAGCGGUGAUGAGAUUCAUCACAAAAUAUAUCCUCCGCCAAAGCCAAGGUCUGCCUUCUAUAACUUAGCUGGUUUCCUCAUUUCGAAUCUUGUUUUUUUGCCUUUUGACUCUGUUUUCUAUUAGCACUACUAUUAUUUUAUUUUUUCAAUUUGUCAAUUUCUUGGGCUGUUUACAAGUUCAAACCAGCUUGUACUUCGAUAGAUUAAUGCAUAAAAAGUUGGUUGUUCAUCUUCUUCGGAGCCAGCCUUGGGUACUCUAUCCAGAAGGGCACACAACUUUGCCUUUCUCUGGCCAUUACCAAUCUGGGUCUCUCUCUGUUGGAAUCUGGUGAUCCGAAAGGUGCCAUUUUUUCUCUUCUUUGUUCAGUUCUUUCGAUGGGUUUUCAAUUUCAAUUGUUCUUGUGAUUGGUCACUAGGAGUUUCUGUAUUGCUUUGUUGUAUAAACCCUGGAUUUCAGUUCCUUAAAGAAUUUCUAUUUGUUUUCCUGUUUUCUGAUGAUGGGUUGUGGGAAAAUUGGAUUAUUGGUCAUCUGGGUUUCAUCAGUAUUGUGUUUGGCAUGCUGUAGUGGGUCUCAGGAUGAUUAUCUUAUCGAUUGUGGAUCAACCACCAAUACUUCGGUGGCUGGUCGCGUUUUUCUUGCUGAUACCUCGAGUUACCUUUCCACACCUGAAAAACUUUUGGCCAAUACUGCCACGAAAUCUGACUCAUCCUCUGAUGAUUUGCCGCUCUACCAGACGGCAAGGAUCUUUACUGGAACCUCUAAGUACACGUUUUCGGUCGGGAGCAAUAGGCGAUACUGGAUCCGCCUUUAUUUCUUCCCAUUUGUUUAUGAUACCUAUAACAUGAGCACUGCUAAUUUCUCUGUUUCCACCCAAAAUCAUGUCCUUAUAAGCAACUUCAGUCCGAAGGCUGGUUCUGCUAUGAAGGAAUUCUCUGAAAAUGUGACUUCAGAUACCCUUGUUAUUACCUUCGCUCCUUCCAGCAAUUCAUUUGCUUUCUUGAAUGCCUUAGAAGUUGUUUCUGUACCAAAUGAGCUGAUUAGUGAUGAUGCCAUCACCAUCACGCCGUCAGGGAAGUUCAAGGGUCUUGUGACACAGGCCCUGGAGACGGUUGCAAGGGUGAAUAUGGGAGGACCAACGGUCACCUCUGAGAACGAUACCCUUUGGCGAACUUGGCUUCCUGAUCAGAAUUUCUUGGUAGAGAAUAAUCUUGCAACCAAUGUAUCAAAAAUUGGAGCUGUCAUAUAUGCGAAAGGGGGGCCUACAAAGCUUAUUGCUCCGGCUUCUGUCUAUGGUACUGCCACUAAGAUGAACUCAGAUGCUAAUCCUCAGUACAAUUUCAACGUGACAUGGGAGUUCGAUGUGGAUCCAGGGUUUCAGUACCUUGUUCGGUAUCACUUUUGUGAUAUCGUGAGUAUAUCUCUCAACCAGCUAUACUUCAAUGUUUAUCUGGACUCCUACCUUGUCUAUGAGGAGCUGGAUCUCAGUACUUUGGCAUUUAACAUUUUAGGUGCUCCAUAUUAUUUAGACGUUGUCACAGGAACAAGGGUUGGCAGCAAGCUUCGUGUAAGUAUUGGACCGUCUUCCAUACAUACUGAGUAUCCUGAUGCCAUUCUAAAUGGGUUGGAGAUCAUGAAAAUGAACAGUUCUAUGGGCAGCCUUAGUGGAUCUGUGAUUGUCUCAAACCCAAGCUCAAAAAAGAAUGUUGCAGUGGUAAUUGGCGCAAGUGUUGGGGUGUUUGCUGCAUUGAUAUUGGCUGGUGUUUUCUUUCUGGUGUACAGAAGAAGAAGAAAACUGGCACGUCAAGGCCAUUCAAAGACAUGGAUGGCUUUCUCCACUAAUGGAGGGAAUUCUCACACGAUGGGAAGUAAAUACUCUAAUGGAACAAUUGCAAGUGCUGGUUCUAACUUUGGGUAUCGAAUUCCCUUUCUGGCAGUUCAAGAGGCUACAAACAACUUUGAUGAGAGUUGGGUUAUUGGAAUUGGUGGUUUUGGAAAAGUUUACAAGGGGACUUUAAAUGAUGGUACAAAAGUAGCUGUUAAAAGAGGAAAUCCCAGGUCCCAGCAGGGUCUUGCAGAGUUUCAAACCGAAAUUGAGAUGCUAUCUCAGUUCCGCCACCGCCAUUUAGUUUCAUUAAUUGGGUAUUGUGAUGAAAAAAAUGAGAUGAUUUUGAUAUAUGAAUAUAUGGAGAAUGGAACCGUCAAGAGCCAUCUCUAUGGCUCGGGUCUUCCCAGUUUGGAUUGGAAGGAGAGGCUUGAGAUAUGCAUCGGGGCUGCCAGAGGACUUCACUACCUUCACACUGGCUAUGCAAAAGCAGUUAUUCAUCGUGAUGUAAAGUCUGCAAAUAUCUUGCUUGAUGAGAAUCUUAUGGCUAAAGUCGCUGAUUUUGGGCUUUCAAAAACUGGACCUGAGAUUGAUCAGACCCAUGUUAGUACGGCUGUGAAAGGGAGUUUUGGGUACCUUGAUCCUGAAUAUUUCAGGAGGCAACAGUUGACAGAGAAAUCUGAUGUGUAUUCAUUUGGGGUGGUUUUGUUUGAAGUACUUUGUGCAAGACCUGUUAUUGAUCCAACCCUUCCAAGGGAAAUGGUGAACUUAGCUGAGUGGGCAAUGAAGUGGCAGAAGAGAGGCCAGUUGGAACAGAUCAUAGACCCUAACCUUGUGGGAAAAAUCAGACCAGAUUCCCUCAGAAAGUUUGGAGAAACGGCUGAGAAAUGCUUGUCUGACUUUGGUGUUGACAGGCCUUCCAUGGGUGACAUCUUGUGGAAUCUGGAGUAUGCGCUUCAACUUCAAGAAGCAGUUCUUGUAGGUGAUCCUGAAGAAAACAGUACUAAUCUGAUUGGAGAGCUUGCUCCACAAGUCAACAAUUUCAAUCAUGCUGACACUAGUGUUUCUGCUGCUCAGUUUGAAGUGUCAAGCGUGGACGAUCUUUCUGGUAUCUCAAUGAGCAGGGUAUUCUCACAGCUCGUGAAGUCUGAGGGUAGAUGAAUAAUAUAAGAAGGCACAUCUUAUGGGCUCAGCUUCUGUGUUUUCUCACUCACUUCAUCUGGUUAAAUGGGGGCAUUUCCUUUGUUUUGUUGAAGAAAAAAGAAAAGAAAAACGUUAGAAUACUUGGAUUGCUAAGAUCCUGUUAAUGUUUUUUCCCCUUCAAAAUGAUAGAAGCACCUUACUGCCCCAUGAUGUGGCUUUCUUUGAUCGGAUUAUUGAACAAACGAAAGAGAAUCUGCAUCCAUAGUUUAUAGCAAUUCACCCUUCAGAGAGGCCUCAGUCUUUCUUAGAGUUUUUUCUGUAAUCAAACCGCAUGAAACAUUGAUUUUUUCCUUUUGUACAGGAGGGGUGAUAGUUCAUUUGAGUUGUUUCACAUCAUUGAUAAGGGUAGUGCAUCUCAUUUAGUAUGUUGUUGUGUCUUGAUAUUACAAUUUUCUAUGAAGUAACUUGGUUUUCGAUGCA